AAGUAUCUUUUUACUUUUUUAUAGUUGCAGAAAGUAAAGAAAGAUCUUGAAAUGGUCCUGUCAGCAGUUCAGUCAAAGAAUGAAAAGCUGAAAGAAGAUCUGGAAAGAGAACAGCAAUGGCAUGACGAACAGGUGCAAAUACUAAAUGCUUUUAAGGAAAUUGAAGAAAAAAUGAAAAAAGAAGUUCUAACAGAUUCUGAAAAAAGAGAAUUUCAAGAACUGAAAAACCAAAUGUUGGAGUUAAAGGAACAUAGGAAAAAACUCUUGAAUACUUUGGGUGAGUUCCUAGAAGAACAUUUUCCCCUUCCCGAGAGAAAUGGAAAUGCUAAAAGAAAGGUAAACUGUUGAUUUGGUGUGGUUUUUCUGUUGUUCUUGUUGUGUGGUU